ACUUGGCAGUGCAAAGUGCAAUCCAAAUAUUCAGAUCUGAGAUCCUAACUGUCGGCUUAUGAGUAUUUUCUUAUUUAAUAUUUUUUCACAAUUCAUAGUCAUGUCAUAGAUACUGACGCUGAAAUAGUGAAAUCAUUAAUAGUAUUUGUCGUAUUGUAUUAACUACUAUUUUACUUUUGUAAUUAAUUACUGAACAUAAAAAUCUCAUUAGUUCAAUAAAUCUCAAAGUGGCAUGAGAGUAAUUAUAAAAACUGGGUUCACUCGAAUAUCUACACUUGAUAUCUUUGUUAGAAUUCAACUGUCCUGCUAUUAACAAUGUCUACUACAUCGUCUAGCCUAGAUUCAACUGAUUUAUCUAUUUUUGAAGAUGACAAUGCACACUUUAGUGAUGAUUCUGUACAAUCCGAUAAUUUACUGAAAAGUUUUUCAUCAUUAUCUCUUGGGACAAACCAAAAUGAAAAAAAAUCUACUGUUGGUGAUCAGGAAAUUAACCAAUCAAACUUGAUGUCUCAAGAACCAUCAUGCAAUAUUGUAAAAAAAUUAAUAAAAAAACUUUCUGAACAGCGAAAACCAUCAAAAUUUAAUGAUUUUUUAAGAAUAAGUUUGGAAUUAAUCAACCAAAUGCCACAAGCUAUUAAUUCCUUUACUUCAUCAAAAUCGUAUUACUGUGCUAUUUGUGAUUUGGUCUUUACUGAAGAAAAUAGUUGGACAGAACACUACACAACUAAUCAUAGCAAAAUUACUAACCCUUCUGUUUUUUACUGUGCCAUCUGUCAUGUUUACCAGAUCAGUAUUUCUGCUAGUGUUAAAACACAUGUAAAAUCAUUGGAACAUAAAGUCAUGGUAGACUUUCAGGAGCACAUGAAAAAAGAGUUAGUAACACCUAAUAUUAAUAAAAGUUCAAAGAUUUCUAGUGGAAAAAUUACAACUACUAAAACAGAAAACAAUAAUACUUACUACAAAAGUUGUAAGCCUAAACAAGUUUUGAAGAACAGAAAUAUUUAUCUAGAAAUUAAAAAUAUUAGUGCUGAGUUGAAAAAAAAUGAGUGUUCAUUGUUGAAAAAGGUAAUCAGAAAAAAUUAUGGCGAGUUCAAGGAGAUUUCAAACAAAAAGAAUUCCUUUAUAAUCCUUCUACACGAUAAAGAAGGUGUCCAUGCUAUAAUGAAGAACAGCGAUGAGUUAGAAAAACAAUAUAGCAUUAGAUUACAAACUUUUGAACAAGAUAGUGAAAACAAACUGUCACCGGAGACUAUACAAUCGUUUUCUGAUUGGGAAAUAUUAUUAAAAAAAAUGUUUGACUUGAUAAGUACCAUGAAAAUUACGUCUGAAGAUCCAACUGAAAAAAAAAAAUUAAAUAAACUAUGUGAUACAGUGAAAAACCUUGGUGUUAAAUUUCAUUUAACAAAUGUUCACGUUUUUGGAUCACGUGUUUAUGGUCUUGCUAUGAUAAACAGUGAUGUAGACUUGUAUUUAGAUAUCGGUAAUUCAUUUAAUGGUCAAAUAUCAAAUGAUGUUGAUAGACAAGUGUCUUUAGUAAAGUAUUUUGCUCAACAGUGCAAUGACCGCACAUCAGAAUUUCAAAAUGUUGAACAAAUUUGUGAUGCACGUGUACCGAUUCUUAAAUUUUACCACGUUCCUACUAAACUGAACUGUGAUUUAUCUUUCAAAAGUGGUUUGAGUACAAGCAACACUAAACUUAUCAAAUACUAUUUGUCUAUUAAUAAUGAAGUGCAUUGGCUUGUAACUUGUAUUGUCAAAUAUUGGGCAUUGCAAAAUGGUUUAAAACAUCGACAAUUAUUCACCAGUUAUGCACUUGUUUGGCUAGUAUUGUUUUAUUUAAUGUCUAUAAAUAUAGUUCCACCACUAGUCAAGCUCAUGAAUAUGGUUCCAAAAAAAAAUAGAAUAACUAUUGAAGGUUGGGACUGUUCAUUUGAAAUGUUACCAAAACCAAAAACAACGGAAGACACUGAAAGGAGGUUUAACCUUUUAUAUGGUUUUUUCCAAUAUUAUAGUGAUGAAAAAAAGUUCAAAUCUCAAGUAUUGUGUACAUUUACUGGGAAAUGUAUGAAAAAGUCAAAAUUUUUCUCAGAUUUCAUAAAAUUGUCCGAGAUUAAGAAGACACAACGCGCCAAGUUCAAAACGCUUCAAUCAAAUAUUUACAAAAGUUUUGAAAAACGCAAUGGCUUAACAUUACAAGAUCCAUUCGAGCUUUCAUUCAACAUUACUAAAAAUAUAACUGGGGACACGUUAACCCGUUUUUGUGAUAUGUGUUAUGAAACUAUGGUGCUUAUGGACAACAUGACAGCAAUUGAUAAAAGCCAGUAAAUCUUUUGUGUAUAACAACUAUAUUCGUUGAUGAUUCUGUCAAUAUAAGUAUUUUAUUUAUAUUACAGAACAUUAUUAUGUUUUACUCUUUUCAAAAAUAUACUUUUAGUUGUAUAGUUUUUAUUAUUAAAAAAUAUCACAGAAAAUUAAUUUUCUAUACUACUCUGUUCUCAUUUAAGAAUAGCGACAUUA